CCGUUCACACCACGAAGUCGGAGCGGUACUUAUUCUGCUAGACAGUGACUGUCAUCACUGAGAGUCUCUGGCCCUGGGUAACGUGCUGCUGGUAUUUUAAGAAACAUUCCUGUACUUCCUCUUUUCACUUCGCUAUCACAGCCAGCCACACUCAGAGGCACCUCGCUCUACUCACUGCCCAGCGCCGGGACCGGCCAGUCCGUCCGUCCCAGAGCAUCCCAGAGCACGCGCCGAUGCUCCUGUGGGCAUCUCUGCUGGUCCUGGCUCCAGUCUGUGGACAGCUUGAAGCUGCGUCCAAACCCGUGAUUUCCCUCCAUCCUCCAUGGACCGUCGCCUUCAGAGGAGAGACAGUGACCCUGACUUGCAAUGUACUUCACCUCCACGCUCCAGAGAAAAUAAAACGGUUCCUUUGGUACCUUGGGAGGAGAACGCUACGCGAAACCCCAGGCAACACGCUGGAGGUCCGUGACUCCGGACAGUACAGAUGCCAGACCCAGGACUCGCUCCCAAGUGACCAAGUGAACAUGAUCUUUUCUUCAGGCUGGCUCGUGCUCCAGACUCCACAUGGCGUGUUUGAAGGCGACACGCUGGUCCUGAGGUGCCGGACGAGGAGUCGAGAGACGCUGACCUCUGUGAAGUACAUUUGGAACAGAAAAGUCAUCUCCGCCUCCAAUCAGAGCCAGGACCUUUCGAUACCACGAGCAAGUUCAAACAACAGCGGCUUCUACCACUGCACUGGGCGUGUGGACAAAAUGCACACAUGGAGGUCAAAUACCAAGUCUGUUCAAGUUCAAGAACUGUUUCCACACCCGAAGCUGAAAGUCACCCCCUCCCAGCCCACGGAGGGCGGUUCUGUGAACCUGAGCUGCGAAACUCAGCUGCCUCCAGAGCGGCCGGACACUGUGCUUCAUUUCAGCUUCUUCGGGGACCGCAGGGUCGUGCUGUCAGACUGGAGCCGGUCCCCGGAACUGCAGAUCACAGCCAUCUGGAGACAAGACGCGGGGUCAUACACGUGCGGGGCUGCUGCGGCCCAGGGCGUCCACAAGCUCAGCCUCCCGGUGCACGUCUACGUGCAGGGGGUCCCGGUGUCCAGAGUGCUCCUGGAGACCCAGCCCCCGGAGGGCCGGGCACUUGCGGGGGAGCCUCUGGUCCUCAUCUGCUCCGCGGCCGAAGGCACGGGGGACACCACGUUCUCCUGGCACCGGGAGGACACGGGGGAGAGUCUGGGGAGGAAACGCCGGCGUUCCCAGAGGGCGCAGCUGGAGAUCCCUGCGGUCGGCGGGAGCCACGCGGGGGGCUACUUCUGCACGGCCGACAACGGCCACGGCCUCGCCUGCAGCUCGGUCCUGAACGUCACUGUCACAGGCACUCCAGGGAACAGAAUGGGCCUCAUUGCUGCGGGAGCCACUGGGGGACUGCUCAGCGUUCUUGUCCUGGCUGCAGGCCUGCUGAUUUACCGCCGGCACCAGAGGAAGUCAGGAGAUGGUUCUCCAGGAAACACAACCAGGAGCUCUCCCGCCACAGGCCCAGGACAGGCCCCCCAUGGCAGGUGCCAGGGACAGAAAGACAGCCCAGUGGAGCUCCAGCAUUUGUACGGCAAUGGGAGUCUCGGAGAGGGACACUUGGUAUAUUCUGAGAUCCAGACUAUUCGACCGGGGCAAGAAGGGGAAGGUAAGUCACUGGGGAAGAUCCUGGUUGCAAACUAUACUCCUUCAUUCAACACGUGUUUACUGAGUACCCCCUACGUGCUAGGCGCCGCAGUGAGUACACGGAGUCGAUCGGCAGACAAGGCAGGUGGAAAUCCCUGUAGGCGGAGCUUAGAUUCCAAAGAGAGAAGACAGACUCCAAAAGAUGCUUCGUGUAUCUCCUGACGAUCAGAUCCUUCUGAUCGAUAUUGUGACCGUGAAGGCGGACGUCUGAAAAUUUCCCUGAAGUAAUGAAUUAAGUAUUUAAGUAAUGAGGCUUACAAGCCACCCGCUAUGUGGUGAGACGUGUGUAGAUACACGUUCACAUAACGUAUAUAAAUAUAGACACAUAUGUUCAGUUCAUUCAUAUAAACAGCCCCAUGUAGCCAAUAUACGGAACAAGCGAGACUGAGGACUUAAUUACAAAAAUGUGUUUCCCCACUGUUUCUUGAAACUUUGCUCUGCGGGAGAUCUUCCCACACGCUCAGGGUGAACAUUUUGGCAGCAAAGGCUUUUCAGUACACUCUCCAUUCUCGUAGGGAACAGACAGCAGGUGGACACGGUAUGUCACAGUGUCAAGUCAGCAGCUAGAAUAUCCAGUUCGAGAUGUUCAUCAAAACUUAGCCCUCCGCUAGUUCAGGCAAACUUCAGAACGGGAGCUGGUGGUGGUGAGAGGGCAGGGUGGAGUUGGCCUCUCUGUUUCUGUGGCUGGUCUCCCUUCACCAUCCUGGAGGGUGCUGGGGACCUGGGUGGGAAAGGACUCGCCCGGUUGGUGCUUGGGAGCUGGCGUCCACCUGUCUGGCAACAGGUGCAGAAGAAGGCCGUUCCUUGAGAGGUGAGUGAGUGCUGUCUUCUGACUUCCCGCCUGACACUCCUUCCUGCCGCUCCUUGGUACAGCGGCCGUCUCUAAUCCAGCAGUUUUUGUGACCCUUCAAUGGCCUCAUCCCCACCCGCUCGCAUCCAGCUUCCCACCGUUGGAGUCCUUUGGGAGCCGUGGGCCCUACUGGGCUGGGGCUCCAUGGCUGCACUCCCGUCUCCUGUCCCAGCUGGACACAUCUGUCCAUGGGGACACCUAAGGAUAGGUGACAGAUAGUCAGUUAAGUUUAACAAAUGUAUCCAGUCCCAGACCCACCACCACCAUCAGGACAUAGAACACUCCCAACACCCCGGGAAGUCCCCUCCUGCCCCUUUGAGAUAACUUUUCCAGCUCUGCCCCAGCCACCAAUGGCCCACUUUCUGUCCCUGGAGUUUUGCUUUUCUAUAAUUUCAUGUAAAUGAAAUCAUAUGCAAUGUAGUCUCUUUGUCUGGCCUCUUUCCCAUAACAUAAUGUUUUGCAACUCAUCCAUAUUCUAGCAUAUUAUAAGUAGUUCACUACUACUUUUUCUGAUGUGGAAAAAGCUGUACAUAUUUAAUGUAUACAACUGGACGAUUUGAGGAUAAGUAUAUGCCAGCGAAGCCAUCACCACCCUCAAGGCCACAAGCAUGGGUAGUAUCUCCUAAAAUUUUAUUCCCCCCAUUCUUAUUUUUUAUUAUGAUCAUUACUAUCAUCAUCAUGAUUAUUAUGUGUGUGUGCGGUUAGGACACUUAACACAGAUCUACCCUCUCAGCAAAUCGUAAGUAUGCAAUAC